CUUAUGAAAUUAAAUUAAAAAAAAAUUUUUUAAAUAGGCACAAUUUACUCCAGAGGCCCGACGCGGCAGCAAUCACAGAGGCUCUGGGCCCUGCCGCCCUCCCGUGCCGCCCUCCCGCCAGCAGGUGGCGCAGUGUCCCGCACAGCCCCGCGCCUCGCUCAAAAGCGCCUUUCCCCACUCGGCAGCCCCACCCAGGCCGGAAGACGGAUGUCAACACGUUCCCCUGGGAGGUGGCUGCGUCCACGUGUGCGUGGUAGGGUCCGGCCCGGGCGGUCGCCGGUUGAGCUUGAACCCCCCCACCAUGAAGCGCAAAGGCGGGCGCGGGCCGCACCGCGGUCAUGGGGGUGGUGGGAAGGGGGCCAUGAAGCGACUAAAACUAGUGGUGGAGGAGUUUGUGCAGACGACCUGUGAGGGCGAGGCCCCCGGCGGCUUCAAGGGACCGCUCCCGGGGUCCCGAGCCGAGGGUCGCGGCGGACCCUCAGGCUUCCGCCCGGGGGGUAAAAGAAGCCGUAAGGAGUUGAAAAAGGAGAAGCGACAGCUGAGGAAAGCUCGCCGGUUUCAGUGGACUGCGGGCCCUGCUCAGGGUCCAGGCCCAGGAAGCCGCGGCGGGGCCCAAGAAACGAUUGGCCCCCAGUCGGAAAAGAAAGAGGAACGCGUUCACCCCACCGAAAGUCGGGACCCACCUCCUCCCAAGAAGCUUCGACCUCCCCAAGCGAAGGCCAGCGCUCCCAAGGCCCAAGCCAACCCGAAGGGUACCCCCGGGAAGACCAAACCUUCUGCAGCCGCCACCGCCGCUGCUCGGAAACGGGCACUUCUAGAGGCCAACGAGGAAGAAGACCGAGAGAUCCGAAAGCUGGAGCGUUGCCUCGGCUUGAACAAGCGUAAAAAGAAAGGUGACAGUACCUCUAGCUCUGUGCCGCUUAGCUUUGCACGCGAUGGGCUAGACUAUAUCCUGGGAGCCCUGGGAUCUGGGAAGAAUAGUGGCUUAUAUGAAAGCAGUAGUGAGGAGGAAGAGGAGGAUACUGGGCAAACACUUCCCGAAAGUGAUUUGGAGAGUGACACCGAAGAAGACAGUGAAGAGGAGGAGGAUGUAGAAGAAGAAGAGGAAGCAGCAGUGGACAGGGGAACGCAGGAGAAAAGGGGGAAAAGGAAAAAAAGGGUCCGUUUUGCAGAAGAUGAAAAAAGUGAAAGUUCUUCAGAGGAUGGUGACGCAGCAGAUCAGAGCCUUUGUGAUAGUGGUGAGAAGUAUACUCUACCUCACGUGAGGCGAGCUGAGGAAACCAUGGAUACUCAAAAAAAGGAGGAACUAGAACGGUUAAAGAAACAAGUAAAAGGCCUAAUUAACAGGUUGAGUGAACCAAACAUGGCCUCUAUAAGUGGACAGUUGGAGGAACUGUAUAUGGCUAACAGUAGGAAGGACAUGAACGACACUUUAACUGGUGUCCUCAUGAGUGCGUGUGUUACUGGGGCGGUCAUGCCCACCCGGCUGAUGAUGGAGCAUGUUCUUUUAGUUAGCGUUCUUCAUCACACAGUAGGAAUUGAGGUUGGUGCCCACUUUUUGGAGGCUGUGGUGAGGAAAUUUGAUGAUGUAUAUAAAAACGGAAGUGAAGGGAAGGAAUGUGAUAACCUUUUUUCCAUUCUUGCCCAUUUAUAUAACUUCCAUGUGGUACAGCCUCUCCUCAUCUUUGAUAUCUUGAAAAAACUUAUUGGAACUUUCACAGAAAAAGAUAUCGAGUUGAUCCUGUUAAUGCUGAAAAAUGUGGGGUUUUCACUGAGAAAAGAUGAUGCUUUAUCACUGAAGGAACUGAUCACUGAAGCUCAGAAGAAAGCCAGUGGAGCAGGCAGCAAGUUUCAGGAUCAGACCAGGAUUCGGUUCAUGCUAGAGACUAUGUUGGCACUGAAGAAUAACGACAUGCGUAAAAUUCCAGGCUAUGAUCCGGAGCCUGUAGAGAAACUGAGGAAAUUACAGAGAGCUUUGGUGCGCAGUGUUGGCUCAGGUACAGAAACUCGGCUUCGAGUGUCCUGGGAGAGUGUCUUGAAUGCAGAGCAGGUUGGCCGUUGGUGGAUUAUAGGGUCAUCGUGGAGCGGAGCCCCAAUGAUUGACAGCAGUGAUAUGCAGCAGAAGCAGCUUGUAGGGACGGUUAGUUCAAAGAUACUAGACCUUGCCCGCAAGCAGAGAAUGAACACCGACAUCCGGAGAAACAUAUUCUGUACAAUAAUGACCAGUGAAGACUUUCUGGAUGCAUUUGAAAAGCUUCUAAAACUUGGACUUAAGGAUCAGCAGGAGAGAGAAAUAGUUCAUGUUCUCAUGGAUUGCUGCCUUCAAGAGAAAACAUAUAAUCCUUUUUAUGCGUUUUUGGCUAGCAAGCUUUGUGAAUAUGAAAGGAGAUUUCAGAUGACUUUCCAAUUCAGCAUAUGGGACAAAUUUCGGGAUUUAGAAAAUUUGCCAGCUUCUAAUUUCUCUAACUUGCUUCACCUUGUGGCCCACUUGUUGAGGACAAAAUCACUUCCGCUUUCCAUUUUAAAGGUAAUUGAAUUCAGUGAAUUGGACAAACCUAGAGUCCACUUUUUACGGAAAGUGUUAUAUAUGCUGUUAAUGGAAACAGAAGUUGAAGACCUUGGUUUAAUUUUUGCAAGAGUAUCUGACAACCCAAAGCUGGGGAUGUUACGGGAAGGUUUGAAGCUUUUUAUUAGCCACUUCUUACUAAAGAAUGUACACGUCCACACAAGUGCCGAGGAAGCCAGCCUGCUGAGAGAACGAGCUGACCUUGCAACAAAGUUCUUACAGGGAAAGUCUUCCCUAAGAAUGUAGUCUGGGGGAAGGAGUGGAAGGUGAUGGUCAUUUGACUGUAAAAUGGCUGUUAUGUACCCCAAAGACCUGUCCUUCUGUUUUCUGUAUAUGAAACCUUAGUGGAGCUAUAUCAUGAUCUGUCGUAUUUUAAAAUAUUAUAUUUUAUGAUAAUUUUUUUAUACAAAGUUAUAUUGUGUUUGUGUUUUAAAUCAUUUUCAAACAACUGUAUAUAGCGAGAGA